GAUAAAUGUAAUAAUUUUCAUAAUUCGAAAAAUAUAAGUGUUUUAAUUUUUUUUUUAAUUUCAAUUGAGUAUUAGGCAAUAUUUUAAUAUUGAAAUAUUCUAAAUUGGCUGUGCUGUCAUGUAGCUGUCAUAUACCAGUUGAUAGCGCGCGGCUUUGUUUAGUGAGCAUAAACGUUUUUUGACGUUGACUUCGAAUUUAAAAGAAAUAAAAAGUGCCAAGGAAUGUAGGCAGGUGUGAUGCUAUUAUUUAUUUACAUAAUUAUUGAGGAAAAACAAUUAUUUUUGAAUAGUAAAGUAAAAAGUUAAGUGUUGGUUGAUUAAAGAUUGUAAAAGCUUAUCCCAACAAUGUCUAUACACGUUGGAUUAGGGGAGUGUAUUGAGGAAUAUGAAGUACUUCAUCUACUUGGCAAAGGAGGCUUCGCUAGUGUUUAUAAGGCGCGUUGUACGCGUACAAAUCAAAUAGUGGCUAUUAAAAUGAUUGACAAACAGCUUAUACAGCGUGCUGGCUUAGCCAACAGAGUACGACAAGAAGUUGAAAUACAUUCGCGUCUAAAACAUCCAUCUGUUCUGGAGUUGUACACAUUUUUUCAGGAUGUUAACUAUGUAUAUCUGGUGCUAGAGCUGGCACAUAAUGGCGAGUUGCAUCGUUAUAUGAAACAACAGAUGGGACGGGCCAUGACUGAGGAUGAAGCGGCGAACAUACUACGACAGGUAGUUUCGGGUCUGUUGUACUUACAUUCUCAUCAGAUAAUGCACCGUGAUAUAUCACUUUCGAAUUUGUUACUAAGCAAAGAUAUGCAUGUCAAGAUUGGCGAUUUCGGACUAGCAACUCAAUUAAAAUGGCCUGAUGAGAAACACAUGACUAUGUGCGGUACACCAAAUUACAUAUCACCUGAAGUGGUAACUAGAGCUCCCCAUGGCUUACCGGCUGAUGUUUGGGGUCUUGGUUGCAUGUUCUACACACUGCUUGUCGGACACCCACCCUUUGAUACAGAUGCAGUACAGUCCACACUUAACAAAGUUGUAAAGUCGGAUUUCCAAAUACCACAACAUCUCUCGUACGAUGCACAAGAUUUAAUAGAACGUUUAUUAAAAAAGGAUCCCAAUGAACGAAUAACCUUAGAACAAGUGCUACAACAUCCAUUCAUGCUGCGUCAUGAACAAGGUUGUGUCACAGCUGCAGGUUCAGCUGCUCCCGGCAUAAGCGUUGACAUUAACGAGUGCAUGCAAAAUCAUAGGCAAAAAUAUCAACAGCAACAAAGUGGCUCAAGCUGUGACAGCGGCAUUAUAACAUUUGCCAGUAGCAACUCUAGUUCAUCACGUACUGCUGCACUACAACGUUCACGUUCAAUGGAAAAAUAUCCAAUGCGCGGUGGUACAUUGGAGCGUAUACAUGAGCAUCAACAAAAUAAUGCUGACUUUGCGCCAAUGAAGGCGGCACAUUCCUAUAAUUCUUUUGCCAGUGACUAUUUGGAAACAAAUCAACAACGUCCAUUCCAAGCAUCAACUCCUCAAAGUAAUAGCAUGGACAUUGAGUGGCAAUCUAACGGCUCAUCCAAAUACAAUAGUUUACCAACAACACCACGUUACGUGGUUGAAAACCGUUUUCCGCUUCCCAAACCAUGUGGGGAAAAUGUUGAAAAUAACUUUCCCGCUGGUGGUAUUGAUUACUUGCCGCAUAAGUCUAAUCAUAUGGACGGUAUGCACAAAGUACUGAAGCCAACUAAUGAAGCUUCGCAAGAACAAAAAAGUACACCAGAACGUUUGGGUGUGCCACCAUUAAACACGAAUCGUCUUUUGCCUACACGUUAUAAAACCAAAAAUGCCAUCAUGAGUAUUUUAUCGGGUGGCGAGGUGGCAUUGGAAUUCAUAAAAUAUAAAAGCCGUUUACGUGAAGAUCGUAUCACCGAUAUAUAUUGGUUUUCAAAAGAUGGAAUGCGUAUUACCAUUUACCAACCAGAUCCAGGACGAGGUCUACCUAUUAGUGAAGAAUCGCCCCCAGCGCCAGCAGAUGGUAUCGCUGCUAAUCAUUCCAUUUACUCUUACAAUAAUUUACCCAGCAAGCAUUGGAAAAAAUAUAUUUAUGCCUCACGUUUUGUCAACUUAGUUAAAGCCAAAACUCCAAAAGUUACAUUCUUUAGCAAACAAGCAAAGUGCCAGCUCAUGGAAAGCAUGGACGAUUUUGAGGUUUUCUUUUAUAAUGGCGCAAAAGUAAUUAAAUCGCCUAAUGAUGGUGUUCGUGUAUACGAUAAGCAUGGUCGUUUGCUGAAGGACCAUGACGAGCUUACUGCCCGUAAUUUGCUGCAACAUCAAGAGGAAUGCUUAAAGCAUUGCCUGGCGAUCUGCAGUGCGCUACAGCUGGCGCAGACUAGUGGUAACUGCUGCUUUCCAGCAGUGGUGGGCCGACGACCCAGUGAUGUGGAUGUGGUGCAGGGGCAAUGUAUUAGCACGGCAAUGCGCGACACUACCAACAUCAUUUAUUUAACACCAACCUCGCAACAGGAAAGUACUAACUUUUCAACUGGCACCACAUCCUCGGGAUUUCGUAGUGGCAGCAAUUAUAGUAACUCCUCGUCGCAGCAAUCAAUGGGUUUACAGCAACAGCAAGUACAACAACAACAAAUAAUGGCAGCUCAGCCAAAUAUACCGAUACGCAAACUUAACAUACCUGGCGUUGGUAUCGCCACAGAACUUUCGCAUGGCAUUAUCCAAGUACAAUUCCCUGACGGUUCUCAUGUCUCAGUGAUACCCGCAAAUCAGGGCGGUGGUAUUACCUUUACACAAACAAAUGGUUCGUCCACCCACUUUAGCCCACAAGACGAUCUGCCUAUCGUGGUAAGAGAAAAAUUAGCACAAUUGCCACAGGUGGAGCGGCAAUUGAAGCAAGCGCCGCUUCUGCGCACAAACGGACAUUUUAUGCAAUCUAAGCAGACGCAUAACGGUCAUUAUGCCGCAUACGAAAGAAAUGAAGUGUUGACUACACCACGUUCUACAAAUAACACGGGUACAACGCAACAACAUGCUAUGAGAUAUUUUCGUUAGUGCCCUAGAUAUGUUUUUAACGCCUGCUCUUUGAAUUUUCGAAAAUGUGAAUUGAAUUUUCGAACGAGCAGUUUCUUAUUUCUAAAAAUAUUUUAUUUGUAAAUUGUUUUACAAACGAAAAUUAUUUUUUAUAAAAACGUUAUUGUUUAUACUUGAAUGCAAUAAAUAUUUGUAUAUUUAGUAUAUCUGAAUUGAAUUAAAGCCGAAAUAUAUAAAAUGUACGUUUGUGCUUUUGUGUGCGUUACACAAUAAAGUCCAAAUGUUUAUGCUGCGAACAAGAAAACAAGUGUAUUAACUAAGGUAUUUGUAGGAAAAACGCAUGUGAACCGCCGAGUUAUUUUUAAAAUCGUACAAAUUGUUCAUAAGUAAGUAUAAAGCUUAAAAGUACACUUAAAGGCAGGUACACUUGCCCUUGAGCUUUUAUAUGCCCAGACUAUGCUUAGCUUAGCAGAUACACACCCAUGCAAACGUAGUUUAAGCGGUAUAUUUAGCAUAUACAUAUAAAACUAGCCUAUAUCGUUUAUUCAUAGUGCAAGUUUAUUACAAGUAAUUAAUUUACAAUUAUUAAUUAAUACAUAUAUAUUUCAUUAUUAAUUCAGUAUACUUGCUUAAUGUAAUAAUAUUCAUUUAAUGUGUAUAUUAUUUUACCUGUUAAAUUAGAUUUAGCAAGUUUUAGCUAUAUGCAUUUAAAUUAAUAAUCCUUGUAGUCUUAAAAGUCAAUGAAAUAAAUUUACACAAAUU